UUACGGGAAGAAGCACGUGAAAACAGAGACGAUGUCAUCAGAUGAUGCAACAAGUCUGCUGAUAAUCAUUGUUGACACAAAUCCAGUAUGGUGGGGAUUGAGCCAGGGUAAAGGAGAUGGACAGCUGACCUUGUCCCAGUGCCUGGACAAUGUACUUGUGUGUGCAAAUUCUCAUCUGAUGAUGAACCACAAAAAUAAAUUGGCUGUCAUCGCCUCUCAUACCAACGCAAGCCACUUCCUGUACCCAAGACCUGACCUUGACCAAAGAACAACAGAAGGUACAGAGACUGCGAAUGGGCAGACAGUUCCUGGUGAUGGACGGCAUGAAUUGUUCUCUAUUGUGAAUGAAAGCAUCCGGAAACAGAUCAAGGAGCUUGUUUUGUCAGGUCUUUGUGGUGAGCUGUUCUCAGACUCUCUCUUAGCUGGCUCUAUGGCAAUGGCACUGUGCUAUAUUCACAGAUUGGAGAAGGAAUGUGUGGCUGGAGAAGAAAUGUCUGCAAGAAUUCUGAUUGUUAAAGGUUCAGAAGAUAACCCAGCGCAGUAUAUGAAUUUCAUGAACGUGGUUUUCACGGCUCAGAAACAGAAUGUUGUGAUUGAUGCCUGUAUCCUUGACAACGAUUCUGGCCUGUUACAGCAAGCGUGUGAUAUAACAGGAGGGAUUUACCUGAAAAUACCUCAAAUGACUGGCCUUUUACAGUAUUUAUUGUGGGUGUUCCUCCCUGAUAAAUCAACACGUGAUAAGCUGACCUUACCCCCCAAGGCUCAGGUGGAUUACAGGGCAGCAUGCUUCUGCCAUAGGACGCUGAUCGAUGUUGGAUAUGUCUGCUCGGUCUGCCUCUCCAUCUUUUGUCACUUCAGUCCAAUCUGCUCAACCUGCCAAACAACAUUUAGAUUUUUGGGGCCCCCAAAAUCACUGAAAAAGAAAGGGAAGCGAUCAGCUGUCUCCUAGCAGAAGCCUUGGUUAUGGUUGAGGAUUCUUUUCGAUGUCUCUGCCUGGAGAAUGAGAUCUUGAGCUUGUGUGGUAAGAAGCUGCCAUUCUGGACAGGCCAGAAUGAAGGGAGGAAGA